AUGCUAAACUUAUUAUUUAUUCUAAAAAUUGUGGUUGCCCAAGAAGAUUGGGAAAACGUUUAUACUGCAUUUGUAAAUGAUAAUAUGACUGAAUAGGAAUGUAUAUAAUCAAUUCAUAAAUAAGCUUGGGUAGUAACAGGAGCAAUGAGUGAGGACCAAAUCGCAAAUUGUGCUGGAUAAAAAAUUAUUGGAGGAUAUAUUGCAUUUGGGAGUGGCACAGCAGUCUAAAAAUUAUUUUAUCUCCCUCCUCAUUAUAAACUAAGAAUUACAAUAAAUUUCUGGAAGUAAUAGGAAUAUUUAUCAUCGUCAAGAUUAGGUUGUUGGGAAGAUGAAGUACAAUAUAUCAUAAUUGAUGAUAUAGUUUGGAAAUAAACUUUUAGUUGUUCAUAAGGUUUUAGUUAAUGUGGAACAAGUUAUCAUGAUUAUUUAUGUUAAGUUGAUAUCAUAACUACACAUAAUUCUGAAACAUUAUUAAUUUUUAUGAAGUCUAAUUUAGAUGGGGGAAAAGAAGUAAAUUUUGUUUUAAACUAAGGAAUUUUGGGGAUUUAAUAAUUUCACUCUUGAUAUUUUAAAAUGUAUUCCUGAUUGCCUCCUUUGUAAUCAAAACUCAUCUGACCUAUGUUAACCAGAAAUGGAUACUACCCAUAAUUAGAUUUAUAAUCCUAAUGUUGAUAUAUGGUUUAAUACUAAUAAUUUGCAUGUUUUAACAACAAUUUGUCUUGAUAAAAUAUCUCUAAUUGGAGGAUUUUAAAUUUUAGGGAGAUCAGGUUUAUUAAAGACUAAAAUUAACCUUGAUCCACAUUAUUAAUUCUAAAUUAAAUUCAAAAUAUGGCUGAUUGAUAUUUCCAGUGUUUCUCACAAUUUUAACAUUGUUAUUGAUGGGAUUAUUCAUCCAUUCACUAUUACUCCUGCCAGUUCGAUUUCCUUCUGUGCAUCAUCUCAAUAAGAAAGCAUUUAUAAUGUUGAUUUUACUUAUAGUCAUUAGAAUCCUUAAGUUGAAAUUCAAAUAGCUCCAACAUCAUUAAAGGGAUCAAAUCCCUUCUGGGCAAUAUUUAACUUUAAUUUAUUUGUUUUUAGAUGCUCGUCUCAUUGUAUUAAAUGUUCUGGAUUCUAAAAAAACCCAAUGUGAAAUUUGUGCAGAAGAGUGGUUUUUAG